AUGAUCAAACCACCAUAUAAACAUUCAUUACAUUUAUAUCGUCAUACACUUCGAUAUAUUCGUUCAUCAUCUUUACCUUUUCCUUAUUUACGUUCAAAACUGCAUUACAAUACUCGGGAAUUAUUUGAAAUUUAUCGUGAUGAACAAGAUGAAAAUAAGGUUAAUAUGUUGAUAAACUGGGGAUGGAGAGAUUUGGAAUUUUUAAAAGCAUGGAAAUUUGUAGAGAAAGAUUCAAUAUUAGGUUGGAAAACUGAUAUUAGCAAAUGUCGUCAAUUUACUGAUUUACCAACAAAUGCACAAAAAUAUAUUAAGUUUAUUGAAAAACAUUUAGAAGUACCAGUUGAAUGGAUAGGUGUUGGUGUUAAUCUAAACAACGAGAUAACCGAAAAAAUGGUUGAUAAAGGCAAGCGCAAACUUUAUGAAACUAGUACAGGUACUUCCAGCGCAACAAACAAGAUCAAAAUAAGUGAUUGGUCAUCUUUCAUCACCUCAGAAAAUUACCAAAACACGUUAUCUCGAGUUGACUCGGAAACAUUUAUUGAAGUAGUCACUAAAAGAAUUAAAAAUAUAGAAAACAAGGAUGAUUUGUUAAAUGAUAUUCUUGACUUUGUUCCUGAGAAUGGGUUUAUUGUUGCUAAAUUAAAAUAA